UGUAAUAAACAUAGGCCUACAUGACAUUAUGCUACAUUGCUGGUGCGAGGCGACGGUGUUUCGUUUGUCAAGUCGGACGAAAGGACGGAGGGUGAGGCAAGCUUCUUAUCAAAGAUUUUCCCAAAUCCACGGCAUCAGAUUGUACUAACGAUGUAAUCUUCUGGAAGAGCAGAAUCCAGUACUUACGGCUUCCACUAUGAGCGGAGCAGCGGCGGGGUACAAGUCCAGUUACGAUGGGAAGAUCGCCGGCAUGUACGAUCUCGAGGAGACGCUGGGCCGGGGUCACUUCGCCAUCGUCAAACUUGCCCGGCAUGUAUUCACGGGCCAGAAGGUCGCCGUCAAAGUCAUCGACAAGAACAAAUUGGACGACAUCUCCCGGGCCCACCUCUUCCAGGAGGUCCGGUGCAUGAAACUGGUCCAGCAUCCCAAUGUGGUGCGCCUCUAUGAAGUCAUCGACACCCAGACGAAGCUCUAUCUCAUCUUGGAACUCGGGGACGGAGGGGACAUGUAUGAUUACAUAAUGCAACACGAAAAUGGCCUAAGUCAGGACCUUGCGCGAAACUACUUUUCCCAAAUAGUCAGUGCAAUCUCUUACUGCCAUAAAUUGCAUGUCGUUCACCGUGACUUGAAGCCAGAGAAUGUUAUAUUUUUCAAGAAACAGGGCGUUGUCAAGUUGACGGAUUUUGGUUUUAGUAAUCUGUAUAGGCCAGGUGAAAAGCUUGAGACAUCUUGUGGAAGCCUAGCGUAUUCAGCCCCAGAGAUUCUUCUAGGAGAUUCCUACGAUGCCCCAGCAGUCGACGUGUGGAGUCUAGGAGUUCUGCUCUACAUGCUAGUAUGCGGAGAGCCCCCCUUCAAUGAGACAAACGACAGCGAGACACUGACGAUGAUCAUGGACUGUAAAUAUUUCCUGCCCGAUCACAUCUCAGAAGACUGUAAGAAUCUCAUCUCCAGCAUGCUACAGCGAGACCCUGAGAAGAGACUAACCCUGGAGCAGAUCGUGAACAGUGCUUGGCUGAAGCAAGGGGGUGCAGCUAAGCAGAUGGAGCCGCUCAUAACCAGGCACGACAUCACGGACAGCGUGCACGAGAGCAUCAUGGAGAGAAUGAUCAGCGGGAAUAUCGCCGACCGGACUACCAUCAUGAAGUCCCUAGAAAGUGACAGCUACGACCACAUCACCGCCACCUACUUCCUCCUGGCCGAGCGCAAGCUCAAGAAGCAGGUGGGGGAUCUGACGACGGAGGACAACAGCCUGAGGAGGCACUCGGCCGUCCAGCCCCAGCUCGCCUCCUUGGCUCUCUCCCCAAGGACUCCACUCCCGGACCAUCCAACCUUGGAAAAGCCCAUCAACAACAACAUCGGCCACCUCUGCUCACCCGUCGCCGCCCAGCCGUCGCCCGCUGCCACGCCCAUCCCCAUUCCCACACCCCCGUUGGCCGUCUCGCCUGCCCUGGCCCGCUCCAGCUCGGAGGAGGAGGUCUCCUGCAGCCCGCGGCGCCACCGGAUGGAGCGGGAACAUCUGACCAUUCACCCACGCCACGGGCGGAGCAUCGUCAAGGAGGGGUUGCAGUCGCUGGAAGAGGAAGAGUUCCAGCACAUUGCCGACGAGGAAAUGGAGUUGACCACGGAGUCUUUGGUUUCGCCAUCAUCGGCCGCCACAGCAGCAGGGUCGUCGCCGUCAGAUGGCUCAUGGGGAAAGGCCCGCCGUCCGCAAGGGGCCAACGCCCGGCCCAACAAUCCGGCCACGAGACUCAACCCGACCGUCCUGAAUCAGAUUACUGAGGAAGAAGACGAGCAGGAGUCCGAUGAUGAGAAAUCGGGAGGGUUGGACCGCCCCUUCGUAACCCGUCAGAUCCGCCAUCGUAAGACCCUCCCUUCCAAGGACACGCCCCACCAGAUCAAGCCCAGCACCAAAGUGGCCGCCCGGGGUGGCUACAGCUCCUCGGACGCCAGCGACGAGGACACCGAGACUCGCCGGCGCUCAGAGAAGUUUGACCUCCCCAGCAAGGGCCAGCGACGGGGCAGUAAAGACGGACCCCCGAACGGCGGUAGCAGCAGCGGGGCAGGCAGCAACAACGCCGGGCCUGGCGCCGCCGCCGGAGGGGGGAAGUACACCGGUUCCAACAGCUCCGGCGGGGGCACCGGUGGUGACAACCACAGCAGCAGCAACCCGGGCGGCGGCAAUGCCUACGAGCGCAAGAAGAGCAACGAACUGCGGGAGAGCUUGAAACAGAGCAACCUCAGCAUGAACUCGUCCAACUCUUCCAGCUCCUACAGCAUCAGCAAGUUCGCCAUCGACCCCAACAACACCACGCCCAGCGAUUCGGACGACCCAAGCGCGGACAGCACGGUCAAGGCGUGGCCGAAGAAGGACAACCUGAGCCACUCGGACAGCAACCUGUACAUCAUCCCCAGGGACGCUGAGAAGAGCAACCUGCCAAACGGCUCCUCACCGGCCAAGAAGCAGCUGAAGAGGGACAGCUCCAACCUGGCCGGGGAGAGGAACGACCCGGACCUCAACAGCAAUGCGGCCGCCGCCAAACCGACCAAAGGCCGCAACAAAGAGAUCCGGAAAAAGCGGAAUCGCAUCGGCAGCACAGAUACAGAUGAAUCGCCGCUCAAGCCCGGGGCCAAAUCAGACAGCAGUUGCUGCAGGCUGGUUUGACAACGAUGAACAAGUUUGAAGGGGUCGGGCAAGGCACCCGAUUGCCCAAAUCACUUUUGAGAUUUUCCCAUGUAGUCCAUGAAAGGUUCAGUGUUCUCUGCAGGAGUGUCGCGAUUUUUGUUUAUUCCGGCGAUUUCUAAUGAAACUGCUGCCCGACCCCUUUAAACUUGCUCGUCUUUUUAAAAGAAACAGUUCACUACACUCUCAACUUUCCCAUUGAAACCCUAACAAAUCUAUCAAAGGCCAAGUAACUGUACCCUGUGUCGACUGUUGUAGUGUGUAGGGAAUUCUCAUCGAGAACUGUAGCCGAGUAACAAUAAUUCACCCGUUUUCUGCCUGCGAGGGGUCGAUCAGUGAUCAGCAUCAAGUAUCCUCAGUCUUGUCUAUGUUGAAAUGAAAAAAAAAAGUGAAUCGAAACGUAGAAGGCCCAAGAUUUCCCCCCCCCUUUACGCAGGAAUGAAGACGACUCCAGUAGCUGAUAUGUUUAGAUUGGUUGUAUGUGGUCAUGUGAUUGGAUGGACAAGAAUCGCGUGGAUGUAACUCUGCAGAUGGACCGGGGUAGCCGGGGGGUCAUAAUGAUUAAGAAGAUUGUCGAUAAAAUGUUACCGCAAAAGUUAGUUUAAAAUUAAGCUACGUGUAUGCUCUACAAGGAAGUAGUUGUAAGUUGCGGAGUUGAAGAUGUACAGGAGAAAAAUAUGUUGUUUGGCACCACGUGGGAAUGACCUUGUUGGGGAAUUUAAGAGUAGUUUGUUAAUAUAAAGUAAGAAAUUUUAUGAGACCCACGCCGCUGGUCGGAUUGGGCCUCUGUCCGUUUACGAUAAAAUGUCAUACUCACUAGAAAAAUGAAUUGGAUGUGACGAACUGACAGCCCUUGGACCCAAGACCUGUUUGAAGGACCCUCCAAUUUGAGAAAUGGACAUAGACAAAUGUUUUCACAACAUUUGAGAUUUUUCUCUUCAGACUUGGUGGAACCAUGUCGUUUUUUUUCUUACUCAUUUGAGCAAGAAAAAUCAAAGUAAAAGAGACAAAUCAAGGUUUUGAUACGAAAACAAAAUCAAACGGAAGAAAUAAUUCAAAGAUUAAGAUGGCGUUUUGUUUAUCUGCUCCGAGAAAAACAUUGUCUGAGAUUUGUUUGGGUUGACAAAUUGUUCACUUGGGCCCAUGGCAUGGAACAGAUUUUCAACCUUUAUGCGACAACACGACCCCCUCUUUCCAUAUAAUAUUGUUGUUUUCAUUUGCCUCUUUUAAUUUAUUGUUUUUACGUUGUAAUAUAUGAGAAUUCAAAGACGCCGAAGAACAGAGCUUUCACAUGUAUACAAAUGUGUGUACAUGAUUGUUUAUGAGAAAAUGCGUACGUUAACAGCGGGUUUGCUAGACUUUUAAUCAGCGUGCAUAUUAUCAGAGUCAUUUUGGUUUUGUGUGUGGGUGUGUGUGCGCGUGUGUAUGCAUGUAAUUCUUGUUUGCUUUGUUGGUUUUAAUUUAUAUCUCGCCAAAUUCUUGGUGACAGUGGAGACCUUUCCCCAUAGCAGACAUCUUGGAGUUGUCUUUUCUUAUUUGCAUUAUUCAUGCCCUCCAAAAUGGCUGCUGUGCGCGCACUUCUGUCUCGCGUGCAGGUGGGUCCGUUGGCGAUCGGUAACGGAAGCUGGCAUGCAGGGCGAUGUUGGGCAUCAAGUCACACAGCAGAAAAACUCAUUCUCUUCCACCAUGACAUCUUUCCACAAUAACAGUGCCCCCCCCCCCGUUUGUAAAAUGCAAAGGCAUGAUGUAAUCAUCACCAAGACUGCUGAUUGAUCAUAAUGUGCAGUUCACGUGCAACAGUGUUGCUACUGAAUACAGUGCUUUUAAUCGUCCUACCACAGUUUAUAUUCACGUGCCGUCAGUGACAUCAGCCCUGCAGAAACCUAUCGUGGCCCACAGUUUUACCGCACCCAGUUCCGUUGUCGCUGGUCGGAAUCAAUGGGCCCUACCACCGUGUACAUGUACAUAGUGUACAAGGCUGUGUUGGUCACCCAGGUGUUUGUCGAAUCAAUAGACUGCCGUAGCGGGCUACGCAGUAGGGGAUUUUUAAUGGUUUUAAUCUUGUGAUUGUAUGAUAACUUUGUUUUUGGAAGACACUCUAUGUAUGCAGAUGUACCAUAGGUUGUGAACUCUGUAAAUGUACAUUCGGUAUAUGUAAAUUAACGUGUGCAAAAAAAAUUGUAUCAGAAAGGAUUAGUAUGAAUAUAAUCAACAACAAAAAAAGCUGAACGUAAGUUAUUCUUAAUCACCUCCAAAAAAGUUGUUCAUUGUUUUAUUGUUUGUAUGAACCAGGAGAUUUUAAGGCUAUAGAUUUUAGAAGUUGUGAUAAUUAUAAAAAAAAAGUAAUAAAGGGAUGGUUUUUAGAAUGUGUUGAUUUAAGUACAUGUCUUUGGUUUAACGUCUUUGAGAAUUAACGCAAGAUCUUCGCGCGAUUAUGAAGGCGAGUUCGGGUCAUAUGGGUCCCUGUUAGCGAUCUGUCGUGACAGAGUUGCUUGACAGCAGAUAGUAGUUGGUAGCGUAGGUUUGUUGCCAUGGCAACAGUCAUCGUUUUAUCUAAUGGUCCUUGUAGGCCCACUUUCAAGAUAAUUUGGUCGGUUUGAGAGCAAUUGUUAUUUCUUUUUUUUUACCAUGUCUUGUCAGAUAGAGCAGCGAGUAAUGUAUUGUGGGUAAUUUUACCCUUCUCGAGAUUUGUCGAGCAACCCAAAGUACUGAACCCAGAUUUGUCCAUUGUUCUGUAUGUGAAUGUACCUAAUUCUCCAUUCUUUAGUUUGACAACUUAAUUAUUAAAAAGGGAUGUGUUUAGGGGAGGAAGUAGCAUAAAUUGCAUCAUCUUUGGGAAAAAUGAGAUUAGUGGUAAGUGUUAACAGGUAAUCACAUUUUUAGGACUUUCAUCAAACACGCGGUUGUUAACUGAUUGCAGUCAACAUUUAGCAGUAUUUGUCCAGCAUUGGUGCUCUAAUAUCGUAUAUAGAGUAGCGGUGUAUACACGGCUCAGUGGUGGAACCUGUGCGAGCUCUGUGGUACUGAAGCCGCUUUGCUUGUUUGUUCUUUUGCCGGUUUUUGUUCAAGCUCUGCAGGGGUGAGAUUUGUCAGGAUUUUUUCCACCAGGAUUGUCAAAAUCUGGCAAAUCCUGAGAUUACCGUGAAGGUAUUUCUUUGUAUAAAAAUGGAUGUGAUGAACAAGAAAUGAAACCAGAAGAACGAACAAGCCCCUAUGUUGCCGUAGGGGCCCCUCAAAAGUCAGGUUGGUGUCGUGGUUCUUUUCUCACCUUCCACCUCUGCGACCCGGGUUUGAAUCCCACCCAGGUCAGCAUGCGGAUUGGGUUUUUCAGUCCCUGCCCAACUCGGUGGGUUUUCCCUGGAAUUUUACCCGGGGGGUUUCCUACCACCUCUAAAAGUGAACAGUUCUUGAUUGCUUUCUUAAUCAUCACUUCAUCCUGUAAUUGGCGCUGAAUGCGCUGUUGGAUAUACAUACAGAGAAGUAAGAAACCUCUUUUGAUCAUUAAGUGGAUAUUAAACGGCCCUCCGAUCUCACCCCUGGCUCCGUUACUGAUUUCCCACCGCCCUUGUAGAUUUUAUCUGUGUCUUUCUCGUAGUUCCCAAGUGUAUUUCAGUUCUUUCUUGGUUGUUUUUUAAUCGUUCCUACCUCUUUAGUAUGUCACCUGUUACUUCAUCAAAAGCUCAGGAGAUUAUGUCUGGACGUUUUGAGGGAGGAUCUCUGUCAGUUGAAGUAGCUCUUUUGGUAGUAUAGAGAUUAAAAAGUAAAGGCACAAAUUUUGAUCGACAAUCGGUUUUUAUUGGCUGUGAAAGUUAAGAUGCCGUACACCAAAAAAAGGAAGAGGAAAAUGGAAGAGAAAAAAAAGAAAGAUAUCCAUCCACGCUGUCCCUCCCCUUUGACAAACACAAUUAAAAUACCUGUUUUGCUCAUUUUUCACCACUGGCCCCCACACUGUGCCCCCACGUUAAACAAAAAAUUCCUGUGUUUCACUUUUAUAGAAACAUCCUCAGAACUGUAUGUGGCAUUAUGUAAAAAAAAAAAAACCAACUUACGGUUGCACUUUCGCAGCCAGACGCAUAAAUCCAAUCGAUGAUAACGGGGAUCGUCUUGACACCACUUCUCCCCAUGUCUUGAAUCCGCUGUCCCUGUUAUUUCUUUUCUUUGCCUCUAUGUCAAACAGUGGGCUGAUGCCAGUGUUUAUUAUUGAAUUGCUUGAAGCCAAGCGCAUACUCUCCAAAGCAUUGAAAUAACCGCAUACACGAAGUGGCAAGACUGAAAAAAAUUUAUCUUCAGGAAUACUUUUUGCUAAGGUAAAGAGACUUACAGUAGCGCCGUGCAGUGAGAUCUCUUUUUGAGUCGGCGUGAUUCUGAAAAGAAUGAGUACCGUCCGGUUCUUUACAGCACCACACAUACUCAUAAAGAGAGAUCCUUGCAUGGUCCAACUGUAAGCCUCUUCACUUAACUCGCCACCUUCACCGUGAAAUAGUAAAUUGAGAAAUCAACCAUUCUGUAUUUCUAGUUUUUGUUUCUGGUAUUUGAAGUAUAUGAUAAAUCAAUUAUAAGUUGUGCUUUGUGUGUAUCAAACCCUUACCUUUAUUCAGCAUAAUUUGUUAUAUCCUCCUGGUAAUAAAAAUGCUGGGAAUACUUAAUGGAAAACAAGAAUGUAUAAAUUUGGCUGAGCAUUUAAAAGGUCCAAAAUUAACGGGUUAACAUUGGUCAGUUCAGACUGGAGGAAGACCAGAUUUUUUUUGUUUGUUUGUUUUUUUUUUCUUUUGGAAGGUGAACUUGCAUUUAACUGAAAUAAAUGUGCAUAAAGUCUUGUGGUUGAAUGUUUGGAAUUCAAAUCUCCGCUGGUCGUACUUGGGAGAGGAAUUUAAUACAUUGUAUACCCAAACCAAAAAUUGUGUCUCUUUUGGACCUGGUCAAAAGUUGGGCAUCUUUAACAAAUUUGUUUGGUUUCACAACUUAAGCUGUCCAGUUUUUUUAAAGUAUGUCAUAGCAUAGCAUAGAUCAGUAGCCAUAGCAACAGCUCUAGGCAUCCAAUCAGAAAUGUGCUAUUCUACAGUCAUCUGUUUUAUUUUUGUCAGUAUUAUUUAAACUGGAUUUAAAGUUAUUGUCAGCCUUGUUGGUCAGAGAGAUGGCGGUAUACUGCUCCUGUCUAUUGAUAAUCCGUGGGUGAAGUAUUUAAGUUGUUCAGAACGUGCACAACUUAUUACGUUGAUAUUUCCCAAACUACUGGUUUAAUGCCAUUUUCUGCCCAGUGAGCGUAACAGGGAUAGCCGCAAAGUGGAGGCUUGAUACCAACCUCGUUCCCAUGGAUACGACCUCGCCGCGCCAUGUUGGUUCCCACUUGCCUUGCACGAUCUAACCCCUGGUAUUGGAUAAUUUAAAUAUCCCGAUAUUUGGGAUAUUUAAAUGAGCACUGCAAUCAAUGCGUUUGUGCGUGACGCAUAGUUACGCGUGCGUGACGUGCAGGAGAAUAUGCGGGCGGGAGCCUCUAGCUUUUCAAAGACGCUCGCGAUUGACUUGACAUUUCUGUAUAUUCAUCUUGAAUAGCCAGUCAGCGUCAUUUUGGUAUUCAACAUGCCCGGAGGCCAGUGAAGGAACGCGCACGUAGCCCAUGGAGUCGAGGUUAGCUUCACACUACUUUGGGGGGGUUCCUUUGUUUUUGUCUCUCAUAUUUUGGGACGAUGCCUUGGGAUUGCGUUCUGAUUGUAAACAUGCAGUUCAAAUGUACACAAUAGGCAAAUUCCUACCAAAGACUUGCACGGUUUUUGUAUACCUCACUCAUUUGUCCUGUUGGCAAAUAUUAAUUUCAAACCGUCAUGGGUGUUUUGCCUUGGUCCCUGCACAAUGGCAGGUUUUUUUUUCGGAGGGUUCAUAUUCUAUGAUUUGGCAGUCUUACUUAAGUUUAUUACUUUGCCUCAACGUUGUUAGAAAUGGUGGACGAAAGGGAAUAAAACAUGUCUGGUGAAGUAUUUA